UGUAUCCUUCCGCGCCGUUCCGGGGCUCCAUGGCGGCUCUUCUCUCUCUGUUGCCUCCUGCUCGGCAGGAAGUUGUUCGAAAAACCUACUGAAUGUACUGCUAAAAUGGAUUAAAGUCCACAGCGUGUUCAUAUUGUUGUUGUUUCAGCGGUAGACGACUAUUUUGAAGAUGUCCAGCACGGCGAGGACCGGAGACAUCAUCCACCUGAACGUCGGAGGCAAGCGGUUCAGCACCUCCCGGCAGACGCUCACAUGGGUUCCUGACUCCUUUUUCUCCAGUCUUCUGAGCGGUCGCAUCUCAACGCUGAAAGAUGAAACUGGAGCUAUCUUCAUUGACAGAGACCCCUCUCUCUUCGCCUCCAUCCUCAACUUCCUGCGGACCAAAGAGCUGCACCCCCGUUCGGUCAAUGUGCACAUGCUCAUGCACGAGGCUGAGUUCUACGGCAUCGCGCCGCUCGUGCGGAAGCUGCAGCUGUGUGACGAGCUGGACAGAUCGUCCUGUGGAAACGUGCUGUUCAAUGGCUACCUGCCUCCUCCAGUGUACCCGGCAAAGCGGCGCAACCGGCACAGCGUGGCCGGCUCCCAGUUCACCGCCGGCCGCCUCGUCCCUGCAGAGCGAGCCCCGGUCAGACGUAGUAACACCAUGCCUCCCAACCUGGGGAAUUCUGGGAUGCUGGGCAGAGCCAUCACCGAGGAGAGGGCAAGUGGGGGCCAGUCGUCGGACCCCGGCAUGGUGCGGAUCAUCUGUGGUCAUCAUAACUGGAUCGCUGUGGCCUACGCUCAGUUUGUCGUCUGCUACAGAGUGAAGGAGUCCACCGGGUGGCAGCAGGUCUUCACCUCCCCUCGUCUCGACUGGGUAAUCGACAGAGUCGCCUUGAACGCCAAGGUGAUGGGCGGUUCGCUGGGAGACAACGACAAGAUGGUCGCUGUUGCCUCGGUAACGGAGAUCAUCCUGUGGGCCAUCUGCCCUGAUGGCAACGGCAACGAGAUUGGCGUGUUCAGUCUGAACGUACCGGUGGAGGCUCUCUUCUUCGUUGGUAACCAGCUGAUUGCCACCAGCCACACGGGAAAGGUCGGGGUGUGGAAUGCUGUCACCAAACACUGGCAGAACCAGGACGUGGUUCCGAUCAACAGCUGUGACACGGCCGGCUCCUUCCUCAUCCUGGGCUGUAAUAAUGGAUCCAUCUACUACAUAGAUGUGCAGAAGUUUCCUCUGAGGAUGAAGGACAACGACCUGCUGGUGACGGAGCUGUACAGAGACCCGACAGAGGACGCCAUCACUGCCCUGAGCGUCUACCUCACCCCUAAAACCAGCGACAGCGGCAACUGGAUAGAGAUAGCGUACGGGACGAGCUCAGGGACGGUGCGGGUCAUCGUCCAGCACCCAGAGACCGUCGGCUCGGGACCACAGCUCUUCCAGACCUUCUCCGUUCACCGCAGCCCGGUUACAAAGAUCAUGCUGUCCGAGAAACACCUCAUAUCAGUGUGCGCGGACAACAACCACGUGCGCACGUGGACGGUGACCCGCUUCAGGGGGAUGAUCUCCACCCAGCCGGGCUCCACCCCCCUCACCUCCUUUAAGAUCCUGUCCCUGGAUGACGUGGACGGACACGGAGGCUGCAGCGCCGGCACAGAGAUCGGGCCGUAUGGAGAGAGAGACGAGCAGCAGGUUUUUAUCCAGAGAGUCGUACCAGACACGGACAAACUCUACGUCAGACUGUCCUCCAAUGGGAAGAGAGUGUGUGAGGUACGUUCAGUGGACGGCACAUCCAUCACAGCCUUCGUGGUCCACGAGUGUGAGGGCUCCAGCCGCAUCGGCUCGCGGCCCCGCCGCUACCUGUUCAGCGGCCACAGCAACGGCAGCAUCCAAAUGUGGGACCUGACCACCGCCAUGGAGAUCGCCGGCAAGGUCGACAUCAAAGCGCUGGGCGGGCCGACAGAGGAGGAGCUGCUGGAGCUGCUGGACCAGUGUGACCUCGCUCUGACCAGGACGCCCGACAGCACACCAAGAGCCUCCACGUGCAGCCUUCACUCCCAGCUGAGUGAGAGCAGCAGGACUGAGCGUCUCCACAGCACCGGAGGAGGAAGAGGAGCUUCCAUGUGCGGCAGCCUCCCUCGCCAGGCUCCGCCCCCGGUUCCCUUCACCAAACCUCACCGGGAGCCGAGCCUCUCGGCGGGACACGGAGCUGCUGGCCCCUGCAUGGCACCUGCUGCCGUGGGCACCGCCUACAGCUUUAAUCCUAAUCCUGGUCUCAACCCCAGUCCCGGUCCGGCUCCAAGCCUCAGCCAGGCCGCUCUGGUUCACGCCGGCAGCCCCCGACCCGCCAGAACCCUGGACAGAGACAGAGAGAGGGAGGGGAUGGCGUCGGUAAGGAGGGGCAGUUUCGUGGAACGUUGCCAGGAGCUGGCUAAGGGCUCAGAGGCAGCGGUGGGGGCGGGGUCAGAGAGCGUGAGGCGGAGCCUGGCAGUGUGUAGUGAGCUGGAGGCCAGGUUAGGCCUCCGAACGCCCACGACGUUCACCGUGUCGCCCGGUGGACGCCUCGCCACAGGAGCAGCUUUGUCAUCAUCAUCAUCGUCAGCAUCGCCAUCGGUGUCAAACCGCAGAGCAGCGCCAGUGCCCCCAGUAAGCCCCGCCCCCACUGUCUCUAGCCCAACCAGGUCGCAGAUGCCUGUCUCGCCUCGACGUGGGACUGGGUCGUCUCCCACUGACGUCCCGCCUUCCCCUGACAGCCCGGCCAAUCCAGACAGCCCUGCCGCCGGGCCGCCAACCAGCCCCAAACCUCCUAUGAACGAGACCAGCUUCUGAUUGGCUGGCAGGCUGAGCAGGUGUGUGACUGAGCGCGUGCGAAGAGAAGCACGCCAUUGAAGUCAAAGCUGCAGUCUUCACUUCCUGCUGACGUCCAGCAGCAACCAACAGCUGAGUGUCGAGCUCUGUAAUCCCACUUUUACAGCUUCAGUGUUUUUCUGUUUCCACUGAAGUGCUGAUCUCCGGCACGCGGAGCAGCCCGCGGUCAUCCUGCUGAGUCUGAGAGUCAGACAUGACUUGAAAAUGUAAAACCUGACAGGAGUUGCAGGACUGCAGCAGCUCUGGAUCUGUGUUUUCCUGAGUUUGAAAAGAUUUUAUUAUAAUAUUUUAAUCUGACGAUGGCUUCCUUUAGCCGCUGCGGCAGUGGUGAGAUUGGUGGAAGAGCUAGUAUUGAGUAGUCAAUCGACCAACAAUGAAAUGGAGUUCGCUCAGUUGUCGACGUCACUGCUAAAAUGUCAAACACUGAAAGUGGCUGCUGGUGUUUGGAAGAUGCCUGCCAUCUUCGUUUCCAGACGUCAAAUUGAGUUAAUUUGCAUUCCUGAUUGCCCUGUAAACAGACUGCAGGUCUGUCACUGGGCCUGUCUGUGUGCCACUGAGAUGCUGUUAACGUCUGCUGCUCUACUGCUGAAUAUGAAGUCAUAGACAUGAAAUUCCCACUCAACUUCACACUCCCAAGUGGUCCUUUUCCUGGUCCAAGGAGGAUGACAUAACAUUUUAGAUCAGCGUUGGCACAUAAAACUCAGGAAGGUGUGAAUGUGGAGAAAAAAUGUUUGAACAUCUUCCAUACACUGUAAAGGAGAUGUAUAGUGUAUUACAGUGACAGUGUAUUAGGGCCACUGUAGGGGGAAAAACAUGAUGGAGCCGGGUGGGGGAGGGGGAGGGUCAUGACCACUGUGUGUGCCGCGGCUGCAGCGAAGCUGCUGUGACAUUUCGUUGCCAAACCUUUAACUGGCCGCAAGGCUUAAUGGAACUCAGUCAUCACAAACAAAUGUGGGAUCUGCAGUCAGAUGCAGAAUAAAACCUCCAGAUUUCAGUCAUGAUAAAAGAUCAGUUUCCCUGUUGUAUUUUUCUGCAGCAAAACCAAAGUUGAUGUAGAAUUGAUGCUGUUGGAGGCUGUAAUUGAUUUGGAAAUAAGCGUCCUGUCUCUAAAUGAAGAAGCUCUUGCUUGUUUGUUGUGAGUGGUAAAUGUUUGAAGGUGUGUCGGUGCUGUUCUGUGAUUGGCUGAGCGGCUGUAGCUAAUGAAAACAGUGAAGAUGAGCCCCUCUGCUGUGCUCUGUUGCACUUAAAAAUUGUAGAAGUGCCUUCUGUCCUCUGAAGUGUUUGAAUAUCAGAAGCAGACAGCUGGACGUCACCAUGAUGCUGUAGACAGCUGAGACUUCCAGCAGAACUGACUUACAUCACAUUUCUAUUCACAGGUUUAGUGAAUUAAUCAGAUUCUGUCCGUUAUGAUUUCAUUUUCUGCACUCUGCAGACAGUCAUACAGUGGGGUGUAAAAGAACCAGUGUAGGGGGGAAAAUGAUGAACCUGGGAGGAAAAAAAAUUCUAUUACUUUUUGGUCAACAAACUACAUAAUGUUGACUCUGCCUCACUCUGCAGACACUGCUUCUGGCCGUGUGUCAGCUGAUCACCUCAGCAACUUCUACUUUGACAUGGGAUUUAGUAUCGGGCCAAGUCAUUAUAUAUCUAUCUAUAU